AUGAAAGGAUGCGGUGAAAUUAAGGAGAGAAGCGGCCAAAUACGCCGUCAUCCAAGGACAGCUGUUCAGAAAAGGGCUCAGCCAGCCCCUACUGAAGUGCCUACACCCCGACCAAACGGACUACGUCCUCAGGGAAGUCCACGAGGGCUGCUGUGGGCACCACAUCGGAGGAAAAGCCCUAGCAAGGAAGUUGAUCCGAGCUGGGUACUACUGGCCGUCGAUGAUGGCAGAUUCCAAAGAGUGAUAACACGGUUCGGGAUACCAGAAGUCAUUAUCUCGGACAACGGCACACAAUUUGCUGACAAAAAGUUCACAGAAUUUCUCAACGGCUUAGGUAUAAGGCAAAGGUUCUCUUCGGUAGAACACCCUCGGACGAACGGACAAGUGGAGUCCGCCAACAAGGUUAUCCUCUCAGGGCUAAAGAAGAGGUUGGACAACAAAAAGGGUGCUUGGGCCGACGAACUAGCAUCGGUCCUCUGGUCUUAUCGAACAACCGAGCAAUCCUCCACCAAGGAAACCCCUUUUCGAUUAACGUACGGGGUGGAUGCAGUAAUACCCGUGGAGAUCGGUGAACCAAGCCCACGAUUGCUUUUGAAAGGAGUAGAGGAAACUGUAGAAAAGGACCUGAUAGAGGAAGCCCGAGAAAUGGCCCACUUGACAGAAACGGCGCUAAAACAAAGAGUGGCGCUCCGCUACAACACUAAAGUGCUCAAGAGGGAAUUCGGGGCAAACGACCUCGUCCUGAGGCGAAAUGAUAUCGGCCUGCCGACCCCAGGAGAAGGCAAGCUAGCGGCCAACUGGGAAGGCCCAUAUAGAAUCAAGAAAGUGAUGGGAAAAGGGGCCUUUAAGUUAGAAAGGCUCGAUGGCAAGGAGGUCCCGAGAACAUGGAACGCGGACAACCUUAGAAGAUUCUACUCCUAG